AGCUCUUAAUAUCACAAAGGUGGUGACGAGGAGAAGUCCUUCCAGGAAUAAAUGAAUAAUUACUAGCUGAUCAUAGUAAUAAGCACGCGAGAACCUGUGUCCCAAGACUCCAAACCUUGAUCGUACAGACCAGCAUCCUCCGCCAGCAUUGCAAAGAUCAUCUUCCGGAGUCACAGCUGCCGGGCGUCGACGUUUUAGUCUCUAUCAUCUAUUUGUCAUUGUUAAUAAAAGAAAAUCUACUGUCCUUUGUCAUCUAGAGCUACGUCUCUUGGGAUUGCACUGAGCAUCGUUCCCUUAUAUAAUGUUCAUCCACCAUUCAAGCAAACAAAAUCGUGCUGCGUUGAAAAACGAGACUUUUGUAAAGACGUAAAAACAAUCAAUACACAACGGAUCUGUUCACUUGACACAGGAGAUGUGACCACACUAGGACUCAAGUUCUUCGCGGUGACGACUCAAAUUCUUCGCUGUAUGUUAUUAAAACGUGUCUCUGUGGUGUGAGGAAUUAAUCUGUACGACUUUCAUGCAACGAACGACUUUUGAUCACUGUCGUGUUAUAUGAGUUUGUAUAAACAGUGUUUUUUCUUCUAAAAAAACAACCGGCCAGUGCACGAAGUAGUUCGAAUCUGGUGUGAGAAGAAGACAAUGUGAAGAAUCGACGGCGCCAUGAAGUAUGGGGGAAACUGGAAGUCCGGAGAAAGGGCUACUAACAACACGUUCCAUUCCUCCUUCAACAUCCUCGACUUUGUAGGAAAAGUUACUGACCUCAGAGGUGACGAAAAUGGCACCGUGUCACCAAUUAAAGACGUCAAGACCACCUCCGAUCUCGCCAUCUACAUCCCUAUCCUCAUAUUCUGUUUUCCUGUCAUCGUCAUGGCGAUCACGUGUUUCAUGCGCCUGCGCAUCAACGUCCUGCACCUGCGACAACGUAAAAGCCUGCACAGAUACAACCAUUCGGUUUCCGUGUCCAUGCCGCUGGUGGCGGAUAACGGGGCCGGCAAACGACCAACGAUUAAAAACAACAAAACCCCCGUCGCCGAGGCGCCCGAGAGAUCACACUGACCACGUGCUAUACUAUAUAUAUCUACCAUGUGGAUAAUAACUUAUAUAUCCCUUAUAUAUAGGACAUAAUAUUAUGAACAGACACUGUGACUUCGUGACAGGGUCAUAUAUCACUGCGGUGCAUUCCAAUGACGAGUGUGGUGUAACAUUUCAUACUAACUGUAUAUACAUGUAUAGUAUUUAUUAAGACGUGUGAUAUUAGUUUUAAAUACAGAGGGUAUGUUUGUCUGAGAGUGAGCGUAAAGAGACGACAGGGUUGGUGUGGUAAUUCCAGUUUGUGCUAGUAUAGUAAGGGUACGGAAUGACUUAAAUUAAAGUCGUAGACCCAAGUUUCAACCCGUGAAACUGGACACUAAGUUUGUUUAAUCUGCAAAACUAUAACACAUUUCCAUAAAGUUACAAUAGAAUGAAACAAAAAUCUAUGACGUUGAAAUGGGGGAAUACCCUUAAAAGUAGACUAGCUCGUCUUCACAACCGUUACUUCUCAAGAGGUUUACGUGUUUUUAAAUUAUGAAAAAUACAUUUUGUGGUAUUAUAAACAUCAGCAUGAUCAAAAACACUUCGGUUAUUUGGAAAUGAAUAAUCUAAACAAUAAUAUGUAAGUAAUGUCUGCUUUCAGUUAUCUGAAAUAACUCUAAUAGAGAACAAUAGGUGGUAAUGUUUAAAAACUAGGGUCUGUUUCUUUAAGGUGUGAUAGGGUCGCAAAGGAGCAGAGAGCCACCACUGAUACAAGGCGGAUGAGGGCUAUUCAGUAACACAUAUUAAUAAUGUAUACAUACACAUAUGUACCUAUGAGUGAGGGUGGCACAUAAUUCCAGGUAUUGCAUAUAAGCCGUAUUAAAAACACCAGUACCGUCUUUGUUUUAGGGUGCUAUCUAUACAGUACAAAGUCCAAUACAAAUUUUUAUAAAGCUUUUUAUAGCACGCACGCACUAAUUAAACAAUGAUAAUACAUGCUUAAAACAUUGGUAGUAUACGCUUAUAAUUUCUUUAUAACUAUUUUUAUCUGUGAUAAAAACUUUUUGAGAUUUUCAAAUUUAGCAUGCGUUGUCCUAAUAAUGCUGGAGCCAAAGGGACAGGUCACUGGGAAGUUAUAAAUCGUUUCUGUUUUUGUUUUCUUUGGGGUUUUUUUUGUCUUGUUGGGUUUUUGGGGUUGUUUUUGUUUGUUUUGUUGUUGUUGGGUUUUUUUUUUUUUGGGGGGGAAGGGGUGGGGGGGGUAUUGCUCUCAAUAAAGUAUAAUUAUUCUCUAAAUAGAUAAAGGAAGGUAAUAAUCUUUAACUUCAAUCGAACCAAACUUCAAUAAUAUAACAGAUAUGGAAGUGGUGGAUACAAGAGGGAGAUUAGGGGGUUUAAAUCUCCCUCGUUUCCUGCCAAGUAAAAACAAAUGCACGUUUAAUUUUUUCACUGGUAACACACACACACACACACACACACGCUCGCGCACAUACAUACAUACGCACACAAAUACAUACACACAUACAUACAUACGCACGCACAUACACACAUGCACAUACAUACAGACACGCACAUACAUGCACACACACGCACAUAUACAUAAACACACGCUCACAAACACACACACACACGCACCACUUAGUAAGAUAUGUGAAUCUGAAAGUACGCAUAGAGGCUACCCCCCAACCCCCCCCUCCACCCCCCCCCCCCACCACCACACACACACAAAUACACCUUUCUCAAAACCCUAGAUUCGCCCCUGCUAGAAUGCAGCGUUUCCGGACUAAUGGUGGUUAUUGAUUGUUUGAUACCAGUCAUCUGUACAUAUUGGCUGUGAGUACUGUGAUUACCUCGUCUAACUGUCCACGUUCUGUAUUAGUGCAGAACAUAAUUAUAGAGCUGGGUGCAUGUACAUGGCUAUCACUGAGCACGACGGUUAUGAAGGACGAUGAAAUGAUGAGAUGUACAUUUUAGGAUAGAAAUGUCUCAUUUAAAGUAUGCAGAUGAAUCGACUGACGAGGUUGUCGGAUAGAUAUUAACCUCGGGCACACGAGGUUGUCAGAUAAAAAUAUAGCCUCGGGUACACGAGGUUGUCAGAUAAAAAUAUGGCUUCGGGGACACGAGGAUGCCAGGUUGAUAUUGAUCUGGGGUACACGAGGAUGCCAGGUUGAUAUUGAUCUGGGGUACACGAGGAUGUCAGGUAGAUAUUGAUCUGGGAUUCACGAGGAUGCCAGGUUGAUAUUGAUCUGGGGUACACGAGGAUGCCAUGUAGAUAUUGAUCUGGGGUACACGAGGAUGCCAGGUAGAUAUUGAUCUGGGGUACACGAGGAUGCCAGGUAGAUAUUGAUCUGGGGUACACGAGGAUGUCAGGUAGAUAUUGAUCUGGGGUACACGAGGAUGUCAGGUAGAUAUUGAUCUGGGGUACACGAGGAUGCCAGGUAGAUAUUGAUCUGGGGUACACGAGGAUGUCAGGUAGAUAUUGAUCUGGGGUUCACGAGGAUGCCAGGUUGAUAUUGAUCUGGGGUACACGAGGAUGCCAGGUAGAUAUUGAUAUGGGGUACACGAGGGUGCCAGAUAGAUAUUGAUCUGGGGUACACGAGGAUGCCAGGUAGAUAUUGAUCUGGGGUACACGAGGAUGCCAGGUAGAUAUUGAUCUGGGGUACACGAGGAUGCCAGGUAGAUAUUGACCUUAGUUACAUGAGGCGAUGAAGUAGAUCUACUGGUGGUAAAAGCUAUGUUAUUUAUUUUCAUUUCUAUGGAAAAGUUUAUUUUAAAAAUUGCUAUAUACUGGUAUAAAGGAUAAGCGUUUGUAACUGCAUCAUGGUGUGUUUUUUUCUCUCACUGUUGAACCGGUACUCACUUUUUCGUCAGUCAAACGGAGAAUACCCAAUAUUAUUGAGUUACGAUAUUGCCCUGGCAGUAUCGCAACACAUUUGUUUUUGUAAGGAUACCUUAUCAUAGAUUUUGUCACGAAUUGUGAACUACGAAUUUGCUACCACAUACUAAUUGUUUUUUCUACAACACACUAACCGUAACUUUGCAAGGUUAUACUAAUUUUGACUACAAAGUCGUACUAAUUGUGAUUUUGUAAGAGCAUACUAAUUGUGACUUUACAAGAAAACACUAAUUGUGACUUUGCUAGGAUAUACUGUGUCUUUGAAAGGGUAUACUGUGAUUCUGCAAGAACAGGCAUACUCACGUGACAGGAUAUCCCACUCGAAAAGCACUAUUGGACAAUAUGGUUCGCACAUAGUUGAUUAAAACGGCUGUCUUUAGUGUAGCUCUGUUUUUCUUCAUAUAUGCUACUAACUGUAGUCAGGGCUCGAAAAAUCAGUCAGUAAAGUCUAUAUCUGUAUAUACGGUAUCAAUCAUACAGGUAGUAGGCUACGAUUAAUCAUUGUCACUAUAUGAUCAUAUACAUUUAGUGCGUUUUCGUUAUAAAGAACUACUUAGCGUUAAGAUCACCUUAAUUGCAUAACUACCUUAAGUACUUAAGGUAAUGUUAGCGCUAAGAUCGCUUCGUGGAAAGGGGAUUUUUGUUUUUCACUUUCAGCUUUUAAAUAUGUUAUUUUUAAUUAAAAUUUUAGUAACUGAUUAAAUGUUCCAUUACUC